GCUGACAGAGGGGGUGUCCAGAUUUCGAGGUGUCGCCCUUUGGUGUAGUGCCACUUAAACCCAGGACCUACCCCCUCCCUCCCAAUCCUCUCCUCCCCCCGCCCCGCGCCGCUCUAGGAGGAGUCAAAAUGUCCUCUUCCCCAGCUGGAGGGGAUUGUAGUGCGUAAACAGGAUUAACUCUCUCCCACCCAGCUGCGCUGAGCAGCCCGCGGCCUGCGGGCCGGAGCGAGCCCCUUGGUGCGCGGAGGGCGAGGCACGGGAAGCGGGGGAUGGUGGAGCUCGGGACCUCGGAGCUGUCCCUGGGGCACGCUUCCUCGCCAAGGGGGGCGGGGGGGUCACAGCCUCGGGAGCUGCUCCUCGGAAGCCGGGGCUGACGGCCGCGACGGCUCGGGCUCCUAGCCGCAGCCUCUCUCCACCACCUCCCUCUCCCUCCGCUCGCUUCCUCUCCGCCCACCGCGCUCUAGCCGCCGGGUCGCAGCCAGCGCAGUCCUCCGCCCCCCCCCCCCGAGCCGCCGCGCCCGCCCUCCCGCGCCCAGCCAUGGGGGACCUGCCGGGCCUCGUGCGCCUCUCCAUCGCGCUGCGCAUCCAGCCUAACGAAGGCCCGGUCUUCUACAAGGUGGACGGGCAGCGCUUCGGCCAGAACCGCACCAUCAAACUGCUCACGGGCUCCUCCUACAAGGUGGAGGUGAAGAUUAAGCCCACCACGCUGCAGGUCGAGAACAUUUCCAUUGGUGGUGUGCUUGUCCCGCUGGAACUGAAGUCUAAAGAGCCUGAUGGGGACAGAAUCGUAUAUACAGGAACAUAUGAAACAGAAGGUGUGGCCCCAACCAAGAGUGGAGAACGGCAGCCCAUCCAGAUCACCAUGCCGUUCACUGACAUUGGGACCUUCGAGACGGUGUGGCAGGUCAAGUUUUACAAUUACCACAAGCGAGAUCACUGCCAGUGGGGAAGCCCCUUCUCCGUCAUUGAGUACGAAUGCAAGCCCAAUGAGACCCGCAGUCUCAUGUGGGUGAACAAGGAGUCCUUCCUCUGAAGAUGGCGCUUUCUGAUGCUGUUGGACAGUCUCUUCGAAGAUCCACUUUUAGAUAACCCAGCACAAGCCUUCACCACGGCACACCACUCCGUUGCUGUCUCCCAUUGGGUGCCAAUUACCUACUAGCCCUGAUUAUUCUGAAUGUGUAAUUCCCUUCUGAUGCAAUGUCCCUGACAUAAAAGGUCAUGAUGUACCCUGCCCGAGAGACUCCCUUUCUGUAUUCUGUGUUGGUGUUCCUGCCUCCAGUUGUUCUUGGUCACGCUGGUGGCCACUUGGAGGAGCUCUGUGGAAUCCGCAGGCUGUGUCCCACACUUAACUUUUCCACUGAAUGACUGUGCUGUUUUGUUUCCAAGUUGAGUGCUUCCCUCUUUUUUGCUAAAUGUUAAAUAAAAAAUAACAGUGUGCUUGGGUUCCAUCCCAAGUGUGCAAGGGUAACAUGUAACUUGGGAUGUUUUCCAUCUGUGUCAAAGUAGCCUUUGUGAAAAUGUGAUGCAAGCAGCAGUCAAUGGGACUCAAGUGUUGUGCUUUCUAUAAACAGCUCGGCUAUUUCAGGGAAGAAUAAUGACGAAAGAAAAGGACAAAUAUUUAAGAAGUGUUUAUAACGUAUUACAACUCAAAUAAUGUAAGGUAUUGUGCUGUGGCCUAGUGGAAGUGGGAACGAGCCUUGUGUGGACCACUGUUAAACAAGGUGACCAAAGUGACAGGGUUAACUCUUUGGCAAGUGACUGUGGUGUCCAAACAGGCAUGCUGAUGGCCUCCCUACAUUCCCCUCCACUUGAACUUUGUAAAACUGUGUAUGGAACUAUAAUCAACUUUUGAUAUUUCUUAAUAAAGGCAUUGAAAAUCA